UUAUUGAAGGCAGGAGAUCAUUUGAUUGUCGGAGAUGAGCUGUACGGUGGAACCAAUAGUCACAUCCGAAAAUGCAGUAGCAGACAGGGCAUGACAUCUACCUUCGUUGAUAUGACUGAUAUACAAAACAUUAUAAAUGCCAUACAGCCAAAUACAAAGAUGAUAUGGCUAGAGACGCCG